AAAAUAAGUUGUUGCGGAAGUGACGACAUUACGGAAACUACAGUCUCAGCUAUCGUAGAUGAAAUUGUAGUCCACAAAUAAACGGCAGAAAAGACGUCGACGAAAAGGCUGCAGGUCCUAAUGUGGAGGCGGAGCAGAACUUGCGUUGAGCACGUGCCUGUGUUGCCAUGGGGUCACCCCCCUUGUUCCUGCUCCUCCUGGGCCUGACCCCUAUGCUCCGCCUGACUGUUCAUACCUUCCACACGUCUGCCCCUCCCCCGGCUCCUCCUCCCUCCUGUGGGCCGGGCCAGUCCUGGGCCGUCCGGCUGCACACAGACUCAGAGCUGCUGGAGGCUGAAGGCUCCACCCUUCACGAGCUGGCCAGCAGGGUGGCUGAGCAGGCUGGCCUGGAGAACAGGGGCCAGAUAGGGCAGCUGGAGGGCCACUACCUGCUCUGUGCCGGGCCUGAGGGGGAAGGCAGGCCGGGGGACGUGCUGGCAGCCCACCCUCAUGUGCUCUGGCACUCCCAGGAGCAGGUCCUCAGCCGCUCCAAGAGGGCAAUAGCCUUCAAUGACCCCAGAUACCCAUUACAGUGGCACCUGCACAACGAUGUCAGGGUGGGCAUGGACAUCAAUGUGACUGGUGUAUGGGAGCACAACAUCACAGGGACAGGGGUGACAGUGGUGGUCGUGGACGAUGGGGUUCAGCACACCCUCCAGGACAUUCAGCCAAACUAUAGUCCAGAGGGCAGUUAUGACUUGAACUCCAAUGACCCAGACCCCAUGCCCCACCCGGACGCCCGCAGUGACAACCACCAUGGCACGCGCUGCGCUGGGGAGAUCGCCGCUGUCUCCAACAACAGCUUCUGCGCUGUGGGCGUGGCCUAUGGCAGUAAAGUGGCAGGUAUCAGAGUCCUGGAUGGUCCGCUCACAGACAGUAUGGAGGCGGUGGCUUUCAACAAGCACUACCAGAUCAACGAUGUCUACAGCUGCAGUUGGGGUCCUGACGAUGAUGGCCGCACUGUCGAUGGACCACACCCCUUGGGCAAGGCGGCGCUGCAGCACGGAGUGAUUGCUGGCAGACGGGGCUUUGGCAGUAUCUUUGUCGUCGCCAGUGGCAACGGGGGCCAGUACGAGGACAACUGCAACUACGAUGGCUAUGCUAACUCAAUCUACACUGUUACCAUUGGAGCAGUAAAUGAGGAAGGGAAGAUGCCCUUCUAUGCUGAGGAGUGUGCCUCCAUGCUGGCUGUCACCUUCAGCAGUGGGGGCAGAACGCUGCGUAGUAUUGUGACGUCAGACUGGUCACUGCAGCAGGGCACGGGCUGUACUGACGGACACACGGGCACCUCGGCGGCGGCACCCCUGGCGGCUGGCAUGGUAGCUCUGAUGCUGCAGGUCCGGCCCUGUCUCACCUGGAGAGACGUGCAGCACAUCAUCACCUACACAGCCACACAGUAUGAUGUGCAAGGGGACUGGAAAAUCAAUGGAGCGGGCUUCCACCACAGUCACCAGCACGGCUUCGGCCUGCUCAAUGCCUGGCGGCUGGUUAACGCUGCCAAGGUGUGGGAGAUGGUGCCAUUCCUAGUGUCCUAUCAGAGCCCAGUGCUGAAGGAGGAGGCUCUUGUCCCAGCCUAUCCGGAGCAACUCAACCUAACCUGGAACGUCACUGCAGCUGACCUCAGGCAGUCAGGGAUGCAGACCUUGGAGCACGUGUCUGUCACCUUGACGCUGGUCCAUACUCGCCGUGGCAGCGUGGAGAUCGUGCUGCUCUGCCCCAGUGGAAUGACCUCGCUCAUCGGGGCGCGCCGUGCUCUGGACACGGAUACCUCGGGUUACUCAGACUGGACGUUCUCCACUGUGCGCUGCUGGGGAGAGGGAGCCGAGGGCCAGUACAGGCUGCAAGUCUCUGACCACAGUAAGGAAGAGCCUGCGUUGCCCCUGGGCUCUCUGAAGCACUGGAAGCUCACUCUGUACGGCUCCUCCCUGUCCUUCGAAGAGGUCAAGGAGAGACAGAGUGUGGUGGAGGAGGCUAUGGGGGGGCAGUAUCUGGACAGCAGUUUCUCCCUGCCCUGUCCUGCAGGCAUGGACAUCCCCCCUGAGACGGUCAGCCCGUUCACAUCCAGCAGCCUCAAGUCUCUGCUACUGCUGGGCUGCUUUGCUCUCUUCUGGUCCCUGUACUACACCCUGGAGGUGACCCUGGCCAACCUGGACUUUAGAGGGCUGUGUUGGUGGGACAGGGGGACGCGGGGCUCCCACAGGGGGCUGGAGAUGCUCUGAGCUGGAGAAAACAGUGUGUGUUGGACUCAUCACUGGAGACGCUACCACAUAACACUGGAGAAAACCUCUGUCCUCAUCCCUCUACGACCUCCCACCCGCCGUUCAUCAGUCUAGGCCUGCUGUGAACCCAGUGGGGCAAACUGAACUGGACUGGAGACUGAAUUAUGUGGGCUGGAACUGUGAUCUCACUGGCCCACCCAUUGCUCCCCAAGUUUGUGGCCUUUUAUCAGCAUUGCAGCGCCCCAAGCCUGUGGCCUUUUAUCAGCGUUGCAGAGCCCCAAGCCUGUGGCCUUUUAUCAGCGUUGCAGCGCCCCAAGCCUGUGGCCUUUUAUCAGCGUUGCAGAGCCCCAAGCCUGUGGCCUUUUAUCAGCGUUGCAGAGCCCCAAGCCUGUGGCCUUUUAUCAGCGUUGCAGAGCCCCAAGCCUGUGGCCUUUUAUCAGCGUUGCAGAGCCCCAAGCCUGUGGCCUUUUAUCAGCGUUGCAGAGCCCCAAGCCUGUGGCCUUUUAUCAGCGUUGCAGAGCCCCAAGCCUGUGGCCUUUUAUCAGCGUUGCAGAGCCCCAAGCCUGUGGCCUUUUAUCAGCGUUGCAGAGCCCCAAGCCUGUGGCCUUUUAUCAGCGUUGCAGAGCCCCAAGCCUGUGGCCUUUUAUCAGCGUUGCAGAGCCCCAAGCCUGUGGCCUUUUAUCAGCGUUGCAGAGCCCCAAGCCUGUGGCCUUUUAUCAGCGUUGCAGAGCCCCAAGCCUGUGGCCUUUUAUCAGCGUUGCAGAGCCCCAAGCCUGUGGCCUUUUAUCAGCGUUGCAGAGCCCCAAGCCUGUGGCCUUUUAUCAGCGUUGCAGAGCCCCAAGCCUGUGGCCUUUUAUCAGCGUUGCAGAGCCCCAAGCCUGUGGCCUUUUAUCAGCGUUGCAGAGCCCCAAGCCUGUGGCCUUUUAUCAGCGUUGCAGAGCCCCAAGCCUGUGGCCUUUUAUCAGCGUUGCAGAGCCCCAAGCCUGUGGCCUUUUAUCAGCGUUGCAGAGCCCCAAGCCUGUGGCCUUUUAUCAGCGUUGCAGAGCCCCAAGCCUGUGGCCUUUUAUCAGCGUUGCAGAGCCCCAAGCGUAUGUGAGUAAAUGUACUGCGGGGGAGCAACCUAAACCCUCUGGAUCUCUCAGGACCCACCGGUCUCACCUAGCAGUGCUAUAGAGGUGGUAGUUUGGCUUGGUCUUUGGGUUGAAGUAUGUAUCACUAGUUUGGUUCAGUCCCUUACCUGGGUCUUUUAGUGUGGGAUUAGAUGGCAUGCUGGACAACCAGACAGAGCAGCACUCCUGGGGUGGUUUCCUGGACAAUGACUAUCCUGGACUAAAAAGCAAGAUCAAUUACGAAUAUCCGUUGGAAAUGCUUUUUAGCCCAGGAUUAGGUUAUAUUCUGUGUCCGUAACCGGCCCUUGAAGUUUAAGUCAGUCUUCCAAAGUGUAUUAGGUGUGCACCAUGGGAAGGCAUUACAAUGCUGUGCGUGUGAAUGUGUUUUAAAAUGUAAAUGGUGUUUGGUUUUGAGGAUUUGUGACGGUGUGUGAGUGAUGGAGUGCUCUUGAGAUUAUGGCUGCUUUUUAAAUUAUUUAUUUUAUUAAUAGGAUUUUUGAAAAUGUUUGCAUUGUAAUUUCAGAAAAUGUCUAAUACACUGUGUACAAAACAUAAAACACCUUCCUAAUAUUGAGUUUCCCUCAGAACAGUCUCGAUUUGUCAGGGCAUGGACUCUACAAGGUGUCAAGUAGCCUAGUGGUUAGAGCGUUGGACUAGUAACCGGAAGGUUGCAAUUUCAAAUCCCCGAGCUGACAAGGUACAAAUCUGUCGUUCUGCCCCUGAACAGGCAGUUAACCCACUGUUCCUAGGCCGUCAUUGAAAAUAAGAAUUUGUUCUUAACUGACUUGCCUAGUUAAAUAAAGGUUAAAAAAAAAAAAAAAAAUUGUGUUCCACAGGGAUAAUGCUCCAUGUUGACUCCAAUGAUUCCCACAAUUUUCUAUUUGACUGGAUGACCUUUGGAUGGUAGACCAAGUUGCUUUUGGUUUUGGUCCACCAGCUUCAAACAGCUGUAAAAAAAUAUAUAUAUAUAUCUAUAUUUUGCGACGAUUUUAGAUGGUACAAUGAUUCCCGACACUAUUCAGUGCUUGUUUUCUCGCAAACUGAAAUUGAGCGAAGUGUAGAAUUUUUGCAACUAUGAAAUUAAUCAUUUCCACUAGAUAACACAGCCAUGAAGUCAGAACAGUUUUCCCAUUUUGACAACAGAUUACGUUCCGGUGGGAGAAAUCAGUAGGCGAAUAUCACAGCCAAUCCCAACACUAGCGGCUAAGUGAUACUGUGAAACACUGUCAUUCCACUAUUAGCGGCAGAUAUAUUAUGGACAUUUUCUGAAAUUACAAUGCAAAAAUUCAAAGAAAUCCUAUGUGUAGCAGCUUUAAAGCUACAAUAUGUAACUUUUUGGGCAACCGGACCAAAUUCAUAUAGAAAUGUGAAAUCAUUCAUUCCUGUUGAAAGCAAGUCUAAGAAGCGGUAGAUUUGUUCUAUGUGUGCUAUUUCUAUUCUUCCCGUUCUAAAGUUUUGUUUUUGCUUAUUUUACUUUCAGUUUUGUACACUAAACUUCAAACAGCUGAAUAUACACUCUUUUUGAUUAUGUAAAAUAUAUUUCAAAGCGGUUUAGAUGGUACAGUGGUUCUCUACACAAUGACUGCUUGUUUUGUCACAAACUGAAAUUACACAAACUAUUCUAAUUUUAGCAACCAGGAAAUGAUGGAGCGGUUUCUGUGCAUCUUUUAAGUUAAUUAUUUUGUAAACAGACCUCCCGUUUGGAAUGUUAUUUUGUGCAGACUAUAUACAUUUUUCCACUACUUGAACUUGAUUUGGGAUCUGAGUGUGGGGUUGAAUUUUUUUUUAAUCAACUGUAAUAUAUACACGUGUGUGUUGUACAUCUAUAUAUCAGAGUUUGAUGAUUUUUAUGAACUGAAACAUAUUAAAGAUUUUAUUUUUAUUUACUGAA